AUGUCUUUCGUAAGAGAGGUUCUGAUGGUUUGGGUUACGAUGAAGCUGGUUCUUAGCUUUGCUAACGCCAAUACUUGUAAAAAAUCCGUGGCUUUCAAAGUAAACUUCAAAAACAAAGCUCUGAUCAAUCGCACAAUCAGCACUCUGCAAUCAAACAGUGAUGAGUUUUGUCAGUCUCUUUGCUUCAGAGAAAAUCGCUGCAUCUCUUGUACUUUUGACACCAAAAACCAACUGUGCAAUCUCAGUGACACGGACCACAUUAUGCAUCCUAAACUCUUGGUGAACACAGCCAACACGAUUUAUUGGAGAAUGGAGAACUCUUGUAAUUGUGACUCAAGGAGAAUGACAUGCAGAUACAAUCCCGCUGUUCAGGAUUUCCGCUGCUACUGUAAUCUUGGAUUUACAGGGACAAAUUGCACAAACGAUUUAAAACUGGUCGCUCUUUUCCCUUUAAACGCUCGAUACCAAGCAAGAUCUGUCCAGAGCGAGGCUCCAAAUGGUGUCAUUAGUAACGUCCAGUGCAACAAGGAUUCAAGCUCACCAACAGGAGGAUCAUGUUUAUUCAAUGGCAAUAAAAACAGCUUCAUUGAAAUUCCAAAUGCGCAAGAUGGAAAGCUAGAUCUAAAGGGUUCAAUGACAUUGCUUGCGUUUGUAUACGCUGAAAAUGAUGGCGGUCCCCUC